CUUAGCAACCGGCGCGUGGCCGAGCCUGAGGGGGGGAAAAAGAGCGGUUGACCAGGUCGGUGUGUUGGAGGGGCGAGGGAGAGAAACGUCGCGGGAGGCAGAUCAGUGAAGCAUCCUUCCAUACUGAAGAUAACGAAAUCAUCAUUGCCUCCAGUUCCAUGAUGCAAACAAAGUAUAGCAAGGGGAGUUCCUCCAAACGAGACUCUGUAGCACUUACCGCCGUGGCAUUACAAGAUCACAUUUUACAUAAUCUUCAGCUGCAGAAUCUUUCAUUAGCAGAUCCUUUUAAGUCAAAGACACAGAGUAAAAAGAAUUCAUACAAACCUGUGAAGAAGGAGACAGUCAGAGCAGUAGUUGAUACUGGACUAAAGAAAACAAGCAGGCACCAACAAAAAAAUGAAGAUCCAGAAAAGGAGUAUGUUCUUGAUCCUUGUCCUCAGCCUCUCACGUUAGCUCAGCAACUUGGGUUGGUGGAACCUCCUGCCAUGCCACUAACCACUGAGGAAUGGGAGCAUGUGAAACAACGAUCCAUAAAACAAGGAGAUUCAGUUCAACCUUGUGCCAUAUGCAGAGAAGAAUUUGCACUUCAGCCACAGGUGUUGCUGUCAUGUUCUCAUGUGUUUCACAAAGCAUGCCUGAAAGCUUUUGAAAGAUUUGCAGGUAAAAAGACCUGUCCAAUGUGUAGAAAGAUCCAGUAUCAGACCCGAGUAAUUCAUGAUGGAGCACGCCUAUUUAAAAUAAAGUGUGCUACAAGAAUUCAAGCUUUUUGGCGGGGGCAUAUUGUUAGGAAAUGGUAUAAAAAGCUAAGAAAAACAGUGCCUCCAAAAGAUGCCAAAUUAAGAAAAAAAUUCUUUGAAGAAAAGCCAGGAAGUUCUCAGGAAGUUGCAAAUAGCCAUGGAAGGAACUGCAGUUGAUCCAUGGGCUGCUUUUGGGGGGAAAGGCCUUAUUAAGAGGACCAGAAUGCAGGACAGUACUUUAUACCCUCAAUGUGAAUAUGGUCUACACACUGUCCUUGAGCAAAGAGUGAGAAGGCAUCCCUUUCCCCCCUCUGUCCUGGUCUAGAGCAGAAUUCAGUUGACAAGAGAAAAUGAAGGAGUGUUCCAGCAACACUCCUGAGACUAGGAAAGUUGGCAUUUGUGUAAUUUGUUAUCUUCUGUAUAUAUGAACAGGUCUUUUCUCAUGGACUUAAUGCUAUGCCAGGAGUGGAGUAUGAAACACCUGCAACUCACUUUGCUCCAUCCAUUCAGCUUGCUAGGUUUGAUGGACAGAUAGGUAGUAAUAACCAACCAUCCUCUACAUGGACACUUGGUGUAAUAAACUUAGCUAUUUAUAUAUUAUUAAUAUAUUUAAUAUUUAAUAUUAAUAUAUUUAAGGGAUUUGAACCCCACUUUCCACUAUACAAUAUGUCUCAAAGCUAUGAACAAGCCUUGUGCCCCCUUAUGCUCUUCUCUCUUUGUGUCAACAAGCAAGCAUACCAGAAAGUCAUUGGUAAAUUAUAUUUUCCUUUCUGUCAGAAAAUCUAUAGUUAAUGGCUUUAGAGCAAGCUAGGAUAUCAAGCUGCAUUUUGAAGUUGGCUUCAUAUUUUGGCUUUUUCCAAAGCAGUUAACUGUAGUUUCCUGAUUUGAAAGUGAUAUAGAAAAUGGAUAGAGAAACAAUAAUUAACUGAUGACUUCCUGGUAUGUUUGCUUGCUCACAAAAGUGGGGGAGUGAAGUGGCUGUAUUUGGGGACACAAGACUUGUUCAUAUCUCUGCUACUUAUGCAAAGAUACAAGAAUUUAAACACAGGUACUGCCUUCCAACCAGCCCCUCCCAGUCCCUUACCACUUAAUCUGUUCCAUGAAAUCAUGAUGUUGCCAUUGUUGGAUACAUUCAUGCAGGACCAAAAGAAUGACACAAAUCAAGAGCAUGUGUCCUUAUCAGCAUCAUCUGUGUUGCUCACAUUACUUAUCUACAAGUACCUACUGAUAGAUUCAGCAACUUCGAAGAUAAAAAACAUAGCCUGCAGAAACAACAAGAUGGCUUUCAUAGUUAAAGAGAAACUUGGUUUAUUCAUAUGUUUUAUCAUUUAUAAUUCAAGCACCCAUGAAGAUGCACACAGAUUUCCAUUAGAUAUAUACAAAAAUAAUGUAGUAUUUUACUAGCAAGUGAAAGUUAUGGCUGAUUCUGCACGCUAUUAAUCACUGUAGGUUCAAAGCUAUCCAG